AUGGAGUACACAGGCGAGGGUCGGCUGGGCACCAGCGAGAAGUCCUUCAACAUGAUCCUGGCCACGCAGAGCUACGAACAGCUGCGGCUCACCUUCCAGGCCUACGAGAAGAUCUCUAAAAAGACCUUUGAGCAGGCGGUGCGGAGCGAGACGCACGGCGACUACCAGGACGCCCUGCUCGCCAUAGUGGCGGUGGCGCAGAACCGGCCGGCGUUCUUCGCGGGGCGUCUCAACCGCUCCAUGAAGGGACCCGGCACCAACGACAAGGACCUGAUCCGGCUGCUGGUGUCUCGUGCGGAGAUCGACCCUGGGCAACAUUAA